GGCUUUCCAUACACUCGGUAUGACGCUGUACAUUUUUUUGAACUUUCACUUUCAUUUAUCUGGAAGAAGAACUGUCGAACAUAAACACGAGGGAGAAAAUGGCAGCGAGUCUUCAAGAAGACGAUGAGGCCAUGGACACUACUUCUGCAGAAGAUGCAAAAAUUUACACAGAAGAUACAAACUAUGCAGGCCAUAAAACCCAUGAGGGUGAGAAGUCUCCAUCACAUGAUGAAGAAGAAGUUCAACUAACUCUGUCAUUAAAAUGGUCUGACCCUGAUCAACCUCCUAAAAAUAAAAAGACAGAUCUAGAGAAAGCUCUUCAAUCUUGGUUCAACAAAAAAAAGCUUAUGGUGAACUGCUCAACUGAAACAACCUCAAAAGACUUGAAGUCCGUUGUAAUAAAGAUUAAACCAUCUCCACCUGGGAAUGUUCUUCAGAAACUACAUGAUGAAACACUGACCACGAAUAAAAAGAAGGAAGUAGCCACAGUAAAGUCAGUCAUCCUGGGAAUACCGAAUCUGGAAACACAAACACCAGAUGAUGUUCCAGUGAAGCCUCCUCCCUAUACUCCUCCAUCUCUUCCUCCUUCCUCUACUCCUCCAUCUUCUCCUGUGGCAAAUAAGUCCCUUGAAAAGGAGCAAACACGGAACAAAGAACAGAAUUAUCCUGAUUCUGCAGGAGGAUCCUGUUCUGCUGAUGGUAAAAGUCACUCUGAGCAGAGUGUGCUCUCAUUUCAUCAUUUCUGGUACAUCAGCCAGAACUAUAAGGAGGAACUAAGACAUAUAGAGAAACAAAAUAAAGGCACAUUCAUGCCCAAUUUCACUGUAAAAUUUCAAGCUACAAAUGAAGAGGGAACACCAGAUAAAGCUAUGAAUGAAUUCACAGAUCUUGUCCAAAAGUACUUGUCAGAGUCACGCAGUCUAGUUGUUCCUCUCAAGUUUGUAGAUUCAGAUCAGUGGGCUGAUGCUGUGAAGAUCAUCAAGAAGGAGAAGAAGCUUUUAGUUACAAUGACCUCUGAAGAGAUGACUGCAUAUGGGCCCAGUCGGAGUCAGAUUGCUCUAUGUGAGACCUUAAAUUACACCCCAAAAGCAAACGAGCCUUCAGAAAGGUUUGAUCCAGAACCUCAAUCCACAGUACUGAAGGUCAAAAUGACCAUCAAAGACCCUCUUGCUGAUGAUGGGUUAAUCAUGGGUGACCACUGCUGGAAGCAGAUGAGCAGUUCUUUUGCUGAUCAAGUUGGAGAAAUUAAAACUAAGUUUAAUGUGGAUUUCAGCGAAUCCAGCAUGAGUCAAAACCUGGUUAAGGUCAAAGCUGUCUACAAACGACCUGGAGGAGACGUUGCCAUGGAGAGCCACGCUGUCAGAGCUCUUAUGUAUCUGUACCAGAAGAUUAUCACAUUACCCCAGGGCCUCGCCCAACUUUUAGGUAGCUCACUGAAGACCAGGAGCAGUGAGGGCUGGUCAGAGGGGGCCUCUAAUGAUUCUGAGUCAAAUGGAUCACUGAAAAAUUCUGAUGCUCCAACAGCAGGAGGAGCAACAGGGGGAGAUGGGGAAGAGGAAAGAUGUCCAAUAUGUCUGGAUUCAUUUAAAAACAAGAAACAACUCAAGUGUAAACAUGAUUUCUGUGAAGAAUGUCUGCAACAAGCACAGAAGUGCAAUGGCCCCAUAUGUCCAUUAUGUAAAGAUGUGUUUGGUGUGAUGGAGGGAAACCAGCCAAGUGGGAAGAUGAUGUCGAAGACCUGUCUCACACCACUUCCUGGAUUCUCAGACUGUGGUCACAUCCUCAUCUCCUACAGCAUCCCAGAUGGAAUACAAACGGAAAAACAUCCCAAUCCUGGACGGCCUUAUUAUGGAACUAUCAGAAAUGCAUAUCUACCAGACAACAACGAGGGCAGAGAAGUACUGAAACUGCUGACAAAAGCUUUUGACCAGAAGCUGAUUUUUACUGUUGGGUCAUCUAGAACGACUGGGAUGGACGACACGGUGACCUGGAAUGACAUUCACCACAAGACAUCUCAAUCAGGAGGACCACAGCGCUUCGGGUAUCCUGACCCAAACUAUCUGGGCAGAGUCAAGGAGGAGCUGAAGGCUAAAGGCAUCAAGUGAAGUUCAAGAUAUAAAUAUAUAAAAACAUGUAAAUCAUUAAAAAGUAUGUCUUUUUAUUUUUCAUUUGUGAUUUUUAAGGAGAUAGUAGAAUUAUUACAACUGUUUUCUGAGGAUAGGUUAAAAAUUAUUUUACUUGAGCCACCUCAGUUGGGAGACGUGGAGAUUGGUUCCAAUAGAAUUGAUGAGCUAAAGGCUAAUUUGAGUUGGAUUAAGACCAAAGUUGAUUACUGCAGUUUAAUUUUGUAGCUGUAGUGCCUCCUUUGUCUUCUGGGUCACUUCCUGCAGGAACACCCAAAUGCUGAAACCAGAAUAAAUGUGGUGUCACAUUUCUAGAGUUGUAAAUGUUUAUAAAAUACUCUGAUUAUUUAGGUAAGAGUUGUUUUGAGAGGAAAUCAGUUUGUACUCACCUCUCAGGAGAAAUUAUCUGUAACUUUAUGUUGUUGGGUUUAUUUGCCACUGAGAAAUCAAAAGCUUUAUGCUAAGGUGUUUUAGCAAAUAUUUACGAUUGACUUUUCUCUUUAUAGCUUAACAAAUGGUCAAAAUUUUUAUAUACAUGCAUUUCAGUUUUAUAUGGAGCAAUUCUUUCCACAAUAACUGAUUUAAAUCUCCCAACUUUGACUCUUUUGACAUUCUUAACUUCAUGAGCACAGUUAAGAUAAAAUAAAUAAACCGCAGCUGGUUGUCUGUACAACUUUAAAAAUGUUUUAUUUAUGACAAUAUCAGUUAUUGUGUUUGUAAAGUACUCCAGCAAAAAUUAAACAUUAUUCUCUUUCCA